GAGAGAACUCGCAUGAUAAGCCCUGUGGCUGUGGCUGUGUUGCUGCCUGACAAGGGUGGCUCGGACGUUUUCCACCUCAGGUGUUCCUUGAGCCGUGCUCUUCAGCUCUCGUCAAGACUCCUCCACCACCUUCACGGCGGCCGACAGGCGUCCGCAAAGCCUCAUGCUCAAACUUCAGCCUACCCAAUAUUCUUUGUUGUCGUUUGGUAGCCUGCAAGGUGUUGUUAGCUGCUCUCCCGACGAACUAGGCAACGAACUAGGCGGCUCGGCGCUAACACCCGGCUCCCGAAUCGCACCAUCCGGCUAGCCGUCAGCUCCCAUGGGUCUCGCGAAGAGAUGGAGAAAAGGAAAGCUCCGAAUUUCUGCUCCAGAAAAGCUCGUACAGACAGGCCACGGGACACACGACGAGAUCACGCUGAAGCUGCAAGGCUUGCCUCCAGAGUGGGUUUCUAUCCUGCGCGAAAACGGCGUAGUUGGCGAAGACUUGGUCCUUCCCAAAAAAUCGAAGAGCGGCAUUUAUGCCAAUGGGUUCUUUAAUUUGAGCAAAUCUUCGCUCUUGAGUAAUCGAUCAUUUCAGAGUUUUCUGAAGGGAAUAUCAGGGAAGCCAAAGAAUCCAAGUCUGUAUGACAACGGCUCGAUUCUGGAAGAAGAGUUUGUAGAGACGCCGGGCGUGAUGGCAAGUUCAUCGGUUCGUGACGACGAAUCUCCACUCAGUGUUGGAUCUCCAGGCGCAAACCACUCUGCUUCGCAUUCAAGACAGUCCGGUCAAUGUCAGGCCUGUGAAACUGGUAACAAUGUGGAUGGAAUUGCCCAGGAAUGUGGAUUAACUUUCCGGCAUAAAGACUACCAAGAUAUCAACCACAGCCUCCUCCAAGUUGUUGAUUCCCUUGGCCACGGCUCUUUGGGCGUUGUUGAGGAAGUCCGAAUUGGCCCAGAAUACACGAGCUUCGUUCGGAAACGCGUUCAGAUUCCGUACAACCGGCGGAGGCAGUAUCUGAAGAUUAUAAGCCAGGAAGCUCAAGUACUCCAGAAUCUUUCUCACUGCCAUAUUGUUAAGAUGAUUGGCAGCUACUCCGAGAUACCUGACUCGGGUCGGCAGUUUUUCUCGCUUCUGAUGGCACCAGUCGGACAACGAGACCUAAAAACCUUCUUAGAUAUAGUCGGAGACCAAUCUACGUCGCAAAGUGUAGAUUGGAUCGAGGAUCGGCGGAUGUGGCUUCUGAACUGGUUCAAGUGCCUCUCGUCGGCAUUAGCGUACAUCCACAGCAAAGGAGUUCGACACCAGGAUAUCAAGCCUUCGAAUAUCAUUCACCGAAGGAGCGCAAUUUACUUCACGGAUUUCAGUUCUGCAUCUCAGUUUCAGAUUGGCCAAACUACAUCCACAGAAAAUCCUGCUCGAACGUCUGCAAUGUAUGCUGCUCCUGAGGUUAUUAACAACGACGAUAGUUUAAAUCGCCAUGGACGAGGGACCGAUGUGUUUGCGCUUGGCGCCGUGUUUACUGAAAUGCUGGCGGUCCUACGAGGAAAGUCUAUCGAAGAAUACCAUCAAUUCUUAGCAAGCGUAGAGCCGAAGAGUUCAUCGGGGAAUUCACAUGUGAUUUCGCAUGCUCCACGACAGACCUUCCUUUAUGGCAGGAAGCUGGACCGAGUCGAUGCGUUCUUCUCUGGAGACGAAUUUUAUUCCACAUGUGUUGCAGCCAUGCUGACGUCUGAUCGCGAACAGAGACCAGAUGCAAAGGAUGUUGCGAGUCGCAUUCGGAGAUUUGAGCCAAAGGGAUUGCGACCGUGCUCAUGCGAUGAGCCUCCCUGAUACAGGGUGCCGGGCAAGGAUCUAUCGGACAAACUCUCCAACCGGCGUUUUGAAUGGACACCCCACCUACUGGGCGAUAUCCAAAACCUUGGGCUCUACUUUUGAUCCUUUUGCACUAGUCCCCCUGACUAUAUGAGCGACUCGGCGUUUCGGAGAUGGGUUCUCUACUAGCGAACCUGAUAGCAAA